UUCGCCUCUUCUAAAAAUAAAAAAAGUUCGAUCAAAGUCUUCCUCUCUUUCAUAAACUGUGUCUUUUUCCUCUCCUUGUUACACAACAGAUAUAUAUACAACAGGAGAGGAGAAAGCACAGAGAAGAUAUAGAAAGCACGAACAGAAAUAUAGCAACGCUAUAUAAGGCUCGAUUAGUUCAGAUUCGUGUUGCAUAGGACCAAGUUUAGAUUAACGCUGCAUAUGACCAUUUAAGGGGAAAACUUCCUACCAAAAAAAAAAAAAUCUUCAUUCUCAGGUUGCUAACCCGAGACAUCUGAUUAAACGUCAAGAUAUAGCUCAUCCGCGAUCCGUCUAAUCAUAGUGCUUCUCUGAACUCUGAAGAAUGGAGUUUGAUAAUUCUCCCAUUAAUCAAUGCUCCAAAAAUCACGAGAAGAUAUAUCAAGAAUGGUUCAAUUUUGCUGAUUCGGAUGGAGAUGGACGUCUCACUGGAAAGGAUGCCACCAAUUUUCUUGCAAUGUCAAACUUGCCUCGUGAUCAUCUCAAGCAGGUGUGGGCAAUUGCAGAUUCCAAGCGGCAAGGGUUUCUUGGUUUUAAAGAGUUUAUUACUGCAAUGCAGUUGGUCUCUUUGGCUCAAGCUGGCCAUGCAGUAACAAGUGAUUCCUUAGAUGCCGAAGUUGAUUUUGAAACUUUGCAGCUACCUACAAUGGAAGGUCUGGAUGGACUUCUCGCUAAGAAGAAGCGUGUGGCUAAAUGGGCACCUGACCGCAAUGGAAGUCUUAUGCUAUCUUCACGAGCUAAUUGGUUUUCGUCAUCAAAAUCUGCAAAGAAGGUUUCUUCAAACUAUGUCACAUCAAUAAUUGAUGGACUGAAGAAGUUGUACGUCAAGAAACUAAAGCCAUUGGAAGUUGCAUAUCACUUCAGUGAUUUUGUCUCUCCUUUAUUGGCAAAUAGUGAUUUUGAUGCCAAACCAAUGGUGAUGCUUUUAGGUCAAUACUCCACCGGCAAAACAACAUUCAUUAAGCAUUUACUCAAAACAAGUUAUCCAGGUGCUCAUAUUGGGCCAGAGCCUACAACAGACAGAUUUGUUGUCGUUAUGAACGGACCUGACGAAAGAAGUGUCCCGGGGAAUACAAUUGCUGUUCAAGCAGAUAUGCCAUUUAGUGGUUUGACAACUUUUGGAACGGCAUUUUUGUCGAAGUUUGAGUGUUCUCAAAUGCCGCAUCCUCUGUUAGAGAAUAUCACAAUUGUGGAUACUCCGGGAGUUUUAUCAGGGGAAAAACAACGAACGCAAAGGAGCUAUGACUUUACGGGGGUGACAUCCUGGUUUGCUGCUAAGUGUGAUCUCAUUCUGCUAUUGUUUGAUCCCCACAAACUUGAUAUUAGCGAUGAAUUCAAACGUGUGAUUGCGUCUCUUCAAGGUCAUGAUGAUAAGAUACGAGUUGUUUUGAACAAGGCUGACCAAGUUGAUACACAACAACUAAUGAGGGUUUAUGGAGCAUUAAUGUGGUCUUUAGGGAAAGUUCUGAAUACCCCUGAAGUUACGCGUGUCUACAUAGGAUCAUUUAAUGACAGACCUAUAAAUGAGGCUCCGACCGGGCCUGUGGGGAAAGAACUUUUUGAAAAGGAACAAGAUGAUCUCCUUUCGGACCUGAAAAACAUACCAAAGAAGGCUUGUGAUCGUCGUAUAAAUGAAUUCGUAAAACGUGCUAGAGCUGCCAAGAUACAUGCUUAUAUCAUAAGUCACCUGAAAAAGGAAAUGCCUGCUAUGAUGGGCAAAGCGAAGAAACAGAAAAGACUUAUCGAUAACUUGGAAGAUGAAUUCGUUAAGAUUCAAAAAGAACAUCAUUUGCCAGCUGGGGAUUUUCCAAAUGCUGAACAUUUUAGAGAAGUUUUGAGUGGUUAUAGCAUUGACAAGUUUGAGAAGCUGAAACCUAAGUUAAUACAAGCUGUUGAUGACAUGCUUGGUUAUGACAUCCCUGAACUUCUCAAAAAUUUCAGGAAUCCUUACGACUAACUAGGUAAAAAGUUGGUAAAGUACGGACAGAGGUGGAGCCAAGAUUUGAAGCUACGGGGUCGGGAUUCUUGUACUUUUAUGUUACUCGGUUGUAAAUUAAUAAUUUAUACAUGUUUAAUGAAUUUCCUAAGAUAAAUACAAAGUUUGGACUAAAGUUACUAGGUUCGGCCGAAUCCGUAAACUGCAUAUUAGCUCUGUCCCUGAGCAUGUAAAAGGUGUAUAAUAUGGAAUGUGGUUGUAUUCUUGUUCCUAUUUUUUAGUUUCACAUUUAGACUUUCCUUGAGCAUAUUGGUUGAUGACUGAUUAUUGAAUUAAUAAUAUUAAUUGGCGAUUGAGGUGUGAAGACACUUUA